GUCAGCGAGUUACUGUGUUACUGAGCACGGAAUGAAGAGAAUAUCGCAGGCCGAUUGCGGACUCGACCGGCUGGGUCCUUUUUCAGAGAUCUUGUCCAAUGAACAAAUUUCGGACGUGCGCUUCCAUUCCCUGCGCGCUGUCGCACGGCCCGAGCUGUGGCUGGUCGCUGCUUGCGGCUCAAUACUUGUGGCUAGGAUCUUGCUGAUUCAGACAGAACUUUCCCACGUGACCAGGCGAGGCUCGAGCUUCCAAUUGCUUGCGCCUAGGCCCGAUUCGUAGCUUAGCUGGGCGGGAAGGCAGCCUUAGCAGUUACGACACCACCACCACCAUCACAUACCCUGCCUCUACUACACCCACCACAACCCAAAACCACCACCGAUUCAGCAACCCUCUAUCUUCCCCCGAACCCGAACCAAUCGACCUAACGAAGCUACGAAAUCCCUCUAUCAUGCCUGCCACCACCGCGGAGACUCUGUCUCUCGUUCAGCGGAAUGUCUCCGUUGCCCCUCUCGUGCUUCUUUCCGUCGUCGACCACUACAAUCGCGCGGUAGCCAAGGGAUCGAAACGGAGAGUGGUGGGCGUUCUGCUAGGCUCAAAUGACGGAAACAAUGUCCGCGUAUCCAACAGUUUCGCAGUGCCGUUCGAGGAAGAUGACAAGGACCCCUCAGUGUGGUUCUUGGACCACAACUACGUCGAGGGAAUGAACGAUAUGUUCAAGAAGGUCAACGCAAGAGAAAAGCUGAUCGGCUGGUACCACUCCGGCCCCAAGCUGCGGGCGUCCGAUCUCGAGAUCAACGAGCUGUUCAAGCGCUACACCCCCAACCCUCUCCUAGUCAUCAUUGACGUCCAGCCGAAGGAGGCAGGUGUGCCGACGGACGCAUACUUCGCCGUCGAAGAGAUCAAGGAUGACGGUACCACCACAUCAAGAACCUUCGUCCAUACCCCGUCGAUCAUCGAGGCCGAGGAAGCAGAGGAGAUUGGUGUCGAGCACCUCCUUCGUGACAUCCGCGAUGUCGCUGUUGGAACCCUCUCGACGAGAAUAACAAACCAGCUUCAGUCACUCCAAGGGCUGCACCUUCGCCUCCGCGAUAUCGGUGCCUACCUCCAGAAGGUUCUCGACGGCCAGCUACCCGUGAACCACGCCAUCCUGGGCAACCUGCAGGAUGUCUUCAACCUCCUUCCCAACCUGUCCACGCCAAAGGCCGAUGGCAAGUCGAGCGGCGGCGAGCUCUCUCACGCCAUGAGCAUCAAGACCAACGACCAGCUCAUGGCCAUCUACCUCAGCAGUUUGAUCCGCGCCAUCACUGCCUUCCACGACCUUAUCGAAAACAAGAUCCAGAACCGACAGCAGGCAGAGGAGAAGGAGGCCAAGAAGGAGGAGGAGGCGAACGGCAAGGACGGAAAGAAGGACGACAAGGCGAACGGCGUAAACGGUGAGAGCAAGGAGGCCUCUGACAAGGAGAAGGAGGCAAAGAAGGAGAAGAAAUAGAGGACUGCGCGACGACGCAGUGGACGGAGAAACCACACGCAUUCAAAACACGGGAACUGAUACCCGCGAUAGACACUGGGGCGUGGGCAUGUCAUAAUAUCUCGGCGUCCUGGGGGGCAAGGCCGGGGAGGGAACAGGCAAAUUCACAAGAAAAGAGUAUGCCUUGUACAAUGAUAGCAUGUUUUGACUGAUGCUCUGAGACUUCCCCCGUGUUACUUUUCAUUCAAGUGCUACACUGUCGGGUGACUACACAUCCGCAACUAACCCCGCCAUCUCCUCCCUGCUCACUCUCCUCUCGGUGACAUAUUUCCCCAAAGUAUCCGCCCACUGCUCGGAGAGAAGACAGGCGAGCAGGUGUUUGCAGCAAGGCACACCGCCAUCAUCCAUGCCGUCCAAACUCAGGCCUCCAAACUGCCAGUCACUCGCCUCGCUGUUGUCGCCAUCCACGUUGUCCUCGGCUUCAUCUGCGCCCAUGAUGACCAGGUCCGGAUCUACAUCACGCCCGCCGCCGCUGACGACUGCCGGAAAUGCUUCAUACGCAAAGUUGGCGCAGGAGCAGUUCCAGGCGUCGAGGUGGACGAGGUAUGUCGUCGACGCGGAGGCUGACGUCGCGACGGCGUGGUGUCUGCGGGUCAUUGUCGAGGCUACGGAGCGGACGAGGUGGAAUGCUGCGGCGGCGGCUGCUGGAGGUUGGGUUGUUGCUGGUUGGAGGCGGGGUGGUGGUGGUGAGGACCCCUGUCCAUCGGCGACCGCUUCGGACGCGGUGUCGUUGGGAUUGGUACUGGGUUGAUGUUGGAGGGCGGCGGGUGCGGGGUUGGUGGGGUUGUUUCGUUCCCGGUGGCCGUGGCCGUGGCCGAGGCCGGCGGAGGGAGGGGUGGUAGUCUCCGGGACUACGCGCGUGACGAGGUUCCGGUCUAGGAGGUCUAGGGCCGGGAGGACGAGGGAGGGGAAGAGGACGUGGAGGGUUACCAGGAGCGGACGGUGGGAUUUUGGGAGGGUUUUGAGGGGGUUUGCUGCAUCGGCUGCGUUGUUGUUGCUGGUGCCGGCGGUGUUCGCUGACGGUGGUGGUAGAGGGGCCGAGGUGAGGGAGUUGAUGAGGUUCGUGAUGACAACUCGGGGUGUUGGCAGAGUGUCUGGCUGCGUUGAUGCCGGUGAGAAAGAAGACAUGGCAUAGCCCGCCUGCCCUACUUCUGGGCUCAGACAGUUGAACGAUGAGAGUAUUGAGAGAUGAAAGUUUCGGUUGACCGAUCGAGGUUUGUAAUGUGCUGCCUGGUUCACAGGUGUAAGGCUCAUCAGCCAGAACGCGUAGUCACCGAAUUUGGCUCCGGAUUGUACGCCCCAAAUGAGAUGGAAGUCUGCAUUCCCCAGCUUUGCCACAAAUGAGGUUUUUAUUAGUCAAAUAUUUGUCCGAAGCUGGAAUACCAAAACUCCGAAGCAAUCAAGACGCAAGGUGAUGAACAGAAGAAAAUGUCUCUUUUGAGUUUUGCCGCCUUACAGCUUUUGUCUAAUAAUCACAUUAUGUCCGCCGCAAAAUUUGGCAUAAUCUUACAGCAAAUAUCGCUCGCAUCCGGUGCUCCGUAACCAGGUUCCCUCUUCUCCCCCUUCCCCCAUUUCUUCAGCACUUCCUCUAAACCCACUCCUUGGGCGCUCUGAGGACAUCCACGAGGCGUUGCUCGCGGCUCUUGGGCUCGGGCUCAUGCAUGUACUUCCAGCUGGCCGUCAGGGGCAGACUCAUGAGGAUACUCUCGACUCUGGAGCCGGGGGUGUUGAGGCCAAAGGCGGUGCCGCGGUCGUGGACCAGGUUGAACUCGACGUACUUGCCUCUGCGGAUCUGCUGCCAGUCCUUCUCGGCCUCGUUGAAGGGCAUGUCCUUUCUCUUCUCGAGGAUGGGGAGGUAGCCGGGCAGGAAGGACUUGAGGCAGUCCUGGAUGAAGGCGAAAGUGUUCUCGCGGUCCUUUUCGGUCUCGUCGAGGUCGUCAAAGAAGAUGCCGCCGACGCCGCGGCACUCGCCGCGGUGCUUGUUGUAAAAGUACUCGUCGCACCACUUCUUGAAGCGCGGGUAGUAGCUCUUGUCGUGCGAGUCGCACGUCUCCUUGAGCGUCUUGUGGAAGUGCACGGCGUCCUCGUCAAAGAGGUAGGACGGGGUCAGGUCGCUGCCGCCGCCGAACCACCAGGCCUGGGAGGUGCCGUCGGGGUUCGACGUCUCAAAGUAGCGGUAGUUGAGGUGAACCGUCGGGGCCAUGGGGUUCUUGGGGUGCAGGACCAUGCUGAGGCCGGCGGCGAAGAAGGGGAGGGAGUCGACGUUGUCGUCGAGGUUCUUGUGGUUCACGCGCAUCUUGGCGAUGGCGGGCUUGGGGAGGGUGCCGUAGACGACGGACACGCCGACGCCGCCCUUCUCAAAGACGUUGCCGUCCUGGAGCACGCAGGUGAUGCCGCCGCCGCCCUCUUUGCGGUUCCAUUCGUCCUUGCGGAACUUGGUGCCGUCGACCUUUUCGAGCUCCUUGACGAUGAUCUGUUGCUGUUCCUUGAUGAACUUUUCCAUGCGCAGGCGCAUGGGCGAGUCGACGGUGACUUCGGACUCCCGCUUGGUCAGGGCAUCGCGCUCGGCCAGGGUCGGCGGAUCGAGUUGGAAGGGUUCUUGGACGGCCUGGAUCGGAGAGUGAUGUUAGCGACGGGCGAGCUUUGAUGCAUCGAUGGGAAAGGCGGAAGCUCCGGCAUUGGGGGAGGUAAUUUGGGUUCGUGGUGGUGAAGGGUAUAUGUUGCAGUACCAUCUUGUAGGCGAUGGGAGCUGCAGCAGCAAGACCAAUUGCGCCAAUGAGGAAGCGGCUAUAAGCGGCACCGGACUGUUGACCCUUGAAAUGGGACUUUGAAGAGGAGGAGACGAGUCUGCGACUGAAUUGAAGCUGUUGCGGCUUGGUGGUGAUGGCGACUCUAGUUCGAGAACUGGCGAAUUGUGCAAGCAACCUCUGUGAUUGCUUUGUGGAUGCCAUGAUGGGCGAAAGGAAUAUAAAUACAAACUCUAUAAUGGGAACGAACAACGAAGAAAAGAGCGACUUGGGUUGUUACAGGGAGGGAAAAUCGGAUGAUUCGUUCUCAAGUGAGAGGCAUAAGACCACUGGGUUGCAAUCAUGGACUGACUGGAACGUCGUUCGAGGAUUGAGCCAGUCAGGCCAGCUGUAAAAGUAAAUUGCGAAAUCGUUCCACGUUGGUUAGGUGCGGGACCCCUGUCGCCCUUGCGCCGACCCAACGGAGCAGCACUGCACCUCAGCACUGGAGCUGUCCAUCCAGCGCAUCCACAGCCUGGACCGGGCCCUAUGCCGGCUCUGGGCCGCUGGAGAGGUGGG